GAGAAUUCAAUGUGUUAUAAUCUGUCAAAUUCUAAUAUGGCAGCUUAAAUUUGGGCACUUGCUACGGCACCGUGCAAAGUCACACACUCAAAAUGGCGAAUUUUCAAGAUGUUUACCCAAGCGGACUUAUUCAUUCGACUAUAGAAAUCAAAACGAUUCAACAUGUCGGUACAGGAGAUGGAAGAUUUUACCAGUUUGAUGGAAGGGUGGGGAGAUGGUUUAAUGACCCUGUCCGAUGACCUAGGGUCUGGUGUGUACAGUAGUGUUAAAGAUGAAAACCAGAAUACAUCAACUGGUAUCUUUGAAGAUGUGCUGGAGGCUCCAAGUAUAGACCCUUUUGCAGAAUCCUGGAUGGAACAAACGAGUUUGUCACAAAUGUUAGAGGAGUUGACUGGUAUGGCAAUGGAGACGAUGCCAGUUCCAGUUGCUCCAGUAAUCGAAGAGAAAGUAGAAGUGGCAGCUGAUGUUGACUGCUCUGUUCUUACUGACUUUGGCUUGGGCCAAGAUGAGUUUGAACUGUUGCAACAACUUGUAGAGAAAGCCACAGAAAUGGAUUCAAAUUCAUCCUAUAUUCCUCUAUCAGAGCAAACCACUGAUAAUAUUCCUGGAGAGAGCACAAUUCAGGUGGCUCCAGUUAUAUCAUUAGAUGAUAGUGGAAUAGGUUCUAUGGAUUCAUUCUUAGAUCAUACCACCACAGUAGAUACAGCCGAUAUGGACGACAAUACUCUUUCACAAUCGUCAAUUAGUGAUGUUGAAAGUAUUUUAUCAUCUUCUCCAAGUUCCCCUUCAUCUUCUAUAUCAAGUAGUGAUUGUAGCACUAAUAGCGAACUUUAUAAAUUAAUGACCCAACCAUGUCAUAAACGUUAUAGCACUCCUAGAUCAUCACCAUACUCAUCGCCUAGUACUUCAAACAAAAAAUCGAAAGCGAAAUCUGUGUUAACUGAUAGUGACAGUUUAGAAUCUCAGUUUUUGUCUAAAAAAGAGCGCAAGAAACUUCAGAACAAGAAUGCCGCCAUUCGAUAUAGACAAAAGAAAAAAGCAGAAGCUGAUGACAUAAAGCUUGAGGAAGACCAACUUCAGGACAAGAACGACAAAUUACAAGAUAAAGUGGAUGAGUUGCAACGAGAAAUUGCAUACAUGAAAAAUCUGAUGACUGAGGUAUACAAAGCAAGAGGAAGUGUUAAAUUGACAAAAGUGACUAUAGCUUCUUAACUUUGUGAAUCAUUUGUUUAUUCCAUGUGUAGGUCAUGUCAAUGUAAUUAUUUUGUUAAAUAUUUAUUGUACAUAUAAAAAUCAUUUAGAUUGU